AUGUCAAUCACUUUACUUCCAUCCCUCCAUCUAGGACCCGCCCCCUGCAAAAAGGAAGAGCAUUCAGCGCUGGGCGUGGUCAGAAGGGAAUUCAGCAGUGGGUGUGGCCAGGAGGGAGGGGAAUUACACACUGGGUGUGGUCAGGAGGGAAGAGAAUUCAGCACAAGGCGUGGUCAGGAGGGAGGAGAAUUCAGCAGUGGGUGUGGUCAGGAGGGAGGAGAAUUCAGUAGUGGGCGUGGUCAGGAGGGGAAUUCAGCAGUGAGCGUGGCCAGGAGGGAGGAGAAUUCAGCAGUGGGCGUGGUCAGGAGGAAAGAGAAUUACACACUGGGUGUGGCCAGGAGGGAGGAGAAUUCAGUAGUGGGCGUGGUCAGGAGGGAGGAGAAUUACGCACUGGGUGUGGUCAGGAGGGAGGAGAAUUCAGUAGUGGGCGUGGUCAGGAGGGAGGGGAAUUCAGCAGUGAGCGUGGCCAGGAGGGAGGAGAAUUCAGCAGUGGGCGUGGUCAGGAGGAAAGAGAAUUACACACUGGGUGUGGCCAGGAGGGAGGAGAAUUCAGUAGUGGGCGUGGUCAGGAGGGAGGAGAAUUACGCACUGGGUGUGGUCAGGAGGGAGGAGAAUUCAGUAGUGGGCGUGGUCAGGAGGGAGGGGAAUUCAGCAGUGAGCGUGGCCAGGAGGGAGGAGAAUUCAGCAGUGGGCGUGGUCAGGAGGAAAGAGAAUUACACACUGGGUGUGGCCAGGAGGGAGGAGAAUUCAGCAGUGGGCGUGGUCAGGAGGGAAGGGAAUUCAGCAGUGGGUGUGGUCAGGAGGGAGGGGAAUUACACACUGGGUGUGGUCAGGAGGGAAGAGAAUUCAGCACAAGGCGUGGUCAGGAGGGAGGAGAAUUACGCACUGGGUGUGGUCAGGAGGGAGGAGAAUUACGCACUGGGUGUGGUCAGGAGGGAGGAGAAUUCAGUAGUGGGCGUGGUCAGGAGGGAGGGGAAUUCAGCAGUGAGCGUGGCCAGGAGGGAGGAGAAUUCAGCAGUGGGCGUGGUCAGGAGGGAAGAGAAUUACACACUGGGUGUGGCCAGGAGGGAGGAGAAUUCAGCAGUGGGCGUGGUCAGGAGGGAAGGGAAUUCAGCAGUGGGUGUGGUCAGGAAGGAGAAUUACGCACUGGGUGUGGUCAGGAGGGAAGAGAAUUCAGUAGUGGGCGUGGUCAGGAGGGAGGGAAAUUCAGCAGUGGGUGUGGUCAGGAGGGAGGGGAAUUCAGCAGUGAGCGUGGCCAGGAGGGAAGGGAAUUCAGCAGUGGGUGUGGCCAGGAGGGAGGGGAAUUCAGCAGUGGGCGUGGUCAGGAGGGAAGGGAAUUCAGCAGUGGGUGUGGUCAGGAAGGAGGGGAAUUCAGUAGUGGGUGUGGUCAGGAGGGAGAAUUACGCACUGGGUGUGGUCAGGAGGGAAGAGAAUUCAGUAGUGGGCGUGGUCAGGAGGGAGGGAAAUUCAGCAGUGGGUGUGGUCAGGAGGGAGGGGAAUUCAGCAGUGAGCGUGGCCAGGAGGGAAGGGAAUUCAGCAGUGGGUGUGGUCAGGAGGGAGGGGAAUUCAGCAGUGGUUGUGGUCAGGAGGGAGAAUUAUGCACUGGGUGUGGUCAGGAGGGAGGAGAAUUCAGCACUGGGCGUGGUCAUGAGGGAGGAGAAUUCAGCAGUGGGCGUGGUCAGGAGGGAAGGGAAUUCAGCAGUGGGUGUGGUCAGGAGGGAGGGGAAUUCAGCAGUGGUUGUGGUCAGGAGGGAGAAUUAUGCACUGGGUGUGGUCAGGAGGGAGGAGAAUUCAGCACUGGGCGUGGUCAUGAGGGAGGGAAAUUCAGCAGUGGGUGUGGUCAGGAGGGGAAUUCAGCAGUGGGUGUGGCCAGGAGGGAGGAGAAUUCAGCAGUGGGCGUGGUCAGGAGGGUGGCAGUUUAACUACACAAGUGCUCAGGUGCCAACAGUGGUUUCUCCUGGUUGUGGGGCGGGCACUGAAUUGAUGGUGUCACAUGACCCACUGUGUAUCAUGUGACUUGUGGGGGGUACUCAUGUUUAGGGGUUCACUUUGGCACCUGUUAGGGACCCCAUUUGUGCCCUUCUCCUGUUCCCUCCUUGCCAAUAGGCCAGUACAUUCCCCAAUCAAUUAACUGCGCCCAUCCACUAACUCCGCCCUUUGGCUGGAGGGCCACACCCACAAAUAUAAUCUUCCCCAUUCUACUGCAUUGUUCAAAGGCCACUGGGGGGGGGGAAGCUUGCUGGGCUGCCCUAAUAUAUAUAUAUAUAUAUGGCACUAUAUAGAAUUGUGAAUUUAUGGUUAGAUUGUAAGCUCUUGGGCAGAUAUUAUUCUAUGUCCUGUGCACAGUAUUGAGGGGAUAUAUCUAUUGUCUCACAUAUGCAGCGAUAUUAAACCUUCUCCCAAACGUC